GCCACUGGCUCCAGGCACUUCAUUUGUGAGCUGUGCUGCCCGCAGCCGCUCGCCGUGCCCUGUGCCUGAGAGCAGCCCCAGCAGCAGACCAGCUCAGCCUCAUCGCGCUCAUCCUCCAAGGCUCAGAGAGGUUUGGAGCACAUGUCUAACAACAUGGACGGAGCCUGGGUGGGGACCUGGAGACCCCAUCGCCCACGUGGCCUCAUCUCGGCCCAGUUCCCCAGCCCCGGGCCCAAAUACUCCAUCCCGGGGACAACAGGUUACGUGGGCCACAGCCCCACCAAAAACCGUGCCCCCGCUUACACCUUUAGAGGGACCAAACGGCCUGCGGCAGGGAGCUGCGGGCCAGGUCCCUGCUACUUUGUGGAGCCGGCCAUCACCAGGAAUGGCAAGUACGUGGUUCCAGGCGCCCACCUCCAAGGACGACCCACCACCAAGACCACCGUCACCCCCGGACCGAGUGAGUACCACUGCUGCAGUGUCCCCGCGUGCUGCCUGUGUCCCCCAGCAAUUGUGCAGCUCUUCAGAGGACUCUUUCUGGCUGCAGAAGGAGACCAGCCCUUCACAGCUUUCUUCCUCUUCUCCUCCGCCCCAGGUGACUACCGCACCGAAGCAGCCAACAGGCACGUCUUCAAGUGCCCACCGGUGCAGUCCAUGGCCUUCCGGCGGGAGCCCCUCCGCACAGACCGCCCUCCAGGUACGUGACCCUGGCAAAGGCAAGAUGUGGCACUGGGC